AACAACUCCGCUGUAGUGGUGUGCGUGUGCACGAGCGCUAAAAACUUCAAAAAAUCGCCUUCGCACAAGCUUCUUUUCUCUCUCGCAAAUGUUUGAGGUGCUUGAUUUUCCUGAAUGAAAACCCUCGCGCUGUCGGCAGCAAACCAGCGACGCGAUUACGUGUUUUUUGCUGCCUUGCGAAAAAGUCAUCUCCCUCGCGGCCUGCUGCUGUUGCGAUUUGUGCUAGUGAUUUACCUCGAAGGCGGCGUCGUCGCGAUGCAGAACUCGACGACGUCGACGUCCGGCGCGAACCAUCCGACGGUGGCCGUCCGAGAUCCGGCCUCGAAUGCGCGCUACAGGCGGAAGUACUGCAAACUCAAACGAUACAUCAAGGAUUUGCUGUUUGAAAAUGCAUCGCUCUGCGAUCACGUUGCCCAGGUCCAGGAACAUAUCCUGCUGGUGAAGGAGGAACGGCGAUACCUGUUGAAGAAGUUGCUGGAGCAUGAAAACGAAAUGGAAACCCAGCUGGGACGACCUUGCAGCAAGCUGAACGAACUCAUCGCCAACAGUUUGCCCCCGAAGAGACAGUACAAAAAGCGCAACUCUGCCGCGACGGCCACGCCGGACGGGGGCGCCACCGGGAAGCCGGAAGCCACCCCAACGGCGACCGCCACAACUCCCAAGGGAAAGCCCCGCAAGCCGCGAGUCAACGCUGCGUCCGCCAAAAAGAACAGCAACAACAACAGCGUCCAGCACAGCAUUUCGCUCAUUUCCCAAACGAUGGGUCAUCCGACCUACCCGAUCACGGUGGCCGGCUUCACGAUCUACAACCUGGGCGAAAUCACGCCCGAGCGGACGGCCUACAACUCGGACUACACGAUCUACCCCGUCGGGUACACGGUGGCCCGCCCCUUUGGUCACCUGAAAGACCCCACCAAGAAAUGCAUUUACACGUGCCGUGUCCUGGACAACGGGCCGUCGCCCCGCUUCGAAAUCAUCCCCGAGCACGACCCGGAGCUCACCAUAGCCGGCAACUCGACCGACGCCUGCCACGCCACCCUGCUCCAGUGCAUCAACGCUUCGCUCAACUGCCGCGGCAUCGACGGCCGGCCGUCCGGCGAUUGGUUCUUCGGCCUGUCCCAUCCGACCAUCUCGUCGCUCAUCCAAAGCUUUCCGGCGUCGAAAAAGUGCGUCGGCUAUCGGGGCAUCAAGAAGGAGAACUUUGCCAACAUGGACAAGGAAAACGACCCGACGCUGAACUACGACGCGCUGCAGCGGCACAUUGCACUGUCCGCGUACCACACGGUGCCCGAGAUCAAGGAGGAACCGCCGGACGAGCUGCUGGACCAUUCGGACGGGAACUCGUUCAGUUUGUCGUAGGGGGUUCAACCUUUUUUUUUUUCUUUCUUAAUUAGCGUGAUACAAUUUUUAGUUUCAAUCCUGUAACAAUUAUGUGUCGAGCAAAAAUUUAAUAAAGUGUAACUUUUAUCGUGGA